CUCUACGAAGACACAAGUCGACGGCUAAAAUAACAGCGCUCAGCAAAGGGAGCAUGAAGGGGAAGUUUCUCGAAACGGCAGAAAGUAUUUAAAGCAGAAAAGAGAAAUAAAAACGAAGAUUCAAAGCAAACCCUAGGUUCCGUGAUUCUGAGGUUGUGAUAUUGUGGGGAAAUGAGGGGUCGAAGCUACAGUUACAGUCCACCACCAAGGGGUUAUGGCAGGAGACAUCGCAGCCCUAGCCCCAGAGGUCGUUAUGGAGGUCGUGGUAGGGACAUGCCUACCAGUCUUCUGGUCCGGAACCUACGCCAUGACUGCAGGCCAGAAGAUCUACGAGGACCAUUUGGGCAGUUUGGUCAUUUGAAGGACAUUUACUUGCCACGAGACUAUUACACUGGGGAACCUCGUGGUUUUGGUUUUGUCCAGUAUUUAGAUCCUGCUGAUGCAGCUGAUGCCAAAUAUCAUAUGGAUGGUUAUGUAUUUCUUGGCAGAGAAUUGACUGUCGUAUUUGCGGAGGAAAACAGGAAAAAACCUUCAGAAAUGAGAGCAAGGGAACGGGUUAGGGGUCAAUCAUAUGAUCGUAGGCGGUCACCGCUUGAAUAUUCCCGAUCACCACGUUAUGUACGGAGUUAUUCUCGUAGUCCAGAUUAUUAUUCCCCUCCUCCUAGGCAAAGGCGAUAUUCAAGGUCAAUGUCACCAAGAGACAGAAGGUACAGAGGGCGAUCUUACUCGAAGUCGCCUUAUUCAAGGAGCAGGAGCAGGAGUCGAAGCAAAGAAUAUAAUAGAUGAAUCUAGUAGGUUGGAUGAUUAAUUUUCGCUUGCUUUGAUGAUAUGAUUAUAAGUUGAACCAAAUUAUAGAACAUUUUGCUUUAUGGAAUUGCAUUUUGCUGAUAUUAGGCUUGUGUACGCAUUUAAAUUUUAUCUUUAGUACUAUGUUACUAGCCUGUGUACGGA